UGCGAUCCAACCGGCAUCAGAACUUCCAGAAACGUUCUAGCAAGUCAUUCGAAAAAAUGAACUCCUACAUUGUGAUCGCUUUGAGUGCUGUGUUCCUGGCUCUGGCCGUGGCUUCGCCCGUUGAGCUGAACGAGGACCAAAAGGCUCUGGCCAAGCAGCAUGGUGAGCAGUGCGCCGCCGAGCUGAAGCUGACCGAGGAGGAGGUGGCCAAGGUCAAGGCCAAGGACUUCAAGAACCCCACUGAGAACAUCAAGUGCUUCGCCAACUGCUUCUUCGAGAAGGUCGGCACCCUGAAGGACGGUGAGCUGCAGGAGGAUGUUGUCCUGGAGAAGCUGGGCUCCUUCAUCGGCGAGGAGAAGACCAAGGAGGCCCUGGCCAAGUGCCGGUCCAUCAAGGGCGAGAACAAGUGCGAGACUGCCGUCAAGCUGCACGCCUGCUUCGAGGAAUUCAAGCCCGUCAAGGCCUAAAGUCUUCCCGGAGGAUGGUGUUUGGCAAAUUGUGAUUCUUAACUAAAAACUUAAACUUAAAAAUAAUACCGAUUCGAUUGCGAUAAUAGAAUACAUACUUUGUCAGAUAAA